CAGGCCCGGAGGAUGGAAGGAUGGAGCCGCCCCGAGACACAAGCAGGCCUGCCAACAGAACUGAGAGCAAGGACGGGCGGGUCCGUGCCCUGUACACCGUACCCGUGCUUGAGAGAAGUCCCUAUGGCAACACAGACAACGUGAAUUUAAAAGGGCCAGAAGUUUCUUCCAUCCGUACAACCCAGGACCGUGGCAAGACGCCCAAGGACAAAGGCCAAGAGGGCCCCGGAAACCGGCUGCUGAGCAUGCUGAAAAAAACUCUUAAAGGGUCUGAUAGUGAAGAAGUGGCAACAGCACCUGAGAAACCAACUUUAGUACCAUUUGGAGAUGUGGUUGGCUGCCUGGCUAUUCAUAUAAGGAAUUGCAGACAAUUUACGACUAAGAUCAAUUUACGAUGUUACAUUGAUUUAUUCAUUCGCAUUUCAAUAAACAAAGUUGUGAAAAGUACAAAAAUUUGUAGCUUGCUAUCCACAAACAAUGAAAAGAACAUUGCAAUUAAGUUUGAUGAAGUGAAGUAUUUUUCUGUACAGGUUCCCAGACGUCAUGAUGAUGAGCGGAAUAAUAUUUACUUGGAACUAAUGCACUAUGACAAUAUAAAAAAAUGUCCUCUCUUGUUAGGGAGUGUUCAGAUACAUCUUUAUGAAGUAAUUCAGAAAGGGUGCUUUACUGAAGAAUUUCAAGUGUUGAAUAAAAACAUAUUUAUUUGCAGGUUGGAGGUGGAAUUUAUGUUCUCCUAUGGAAACUUUGGUUAUGGAUUUUCACAUCAGUUAAAACCUUUUCAGAAAACUACUGAGCCAUCCAUGUUUAUGAAUAUUACACCACCUCCAGAAAGAAUAGAUCCUGUGACAAAUGUUAUUAUGCCACAGCCAAUAGAAUAUCCAGCAUUCUUAUCCCCAGACCUGAAUGUUACUGUUGGGACUCAAACUGUGCACUCCUCCAAUCAGCCAUCUGUAGUAAAACUUGAAAAACUUCAACAACCACCUCGGGAAAGAUUAGAAAAGAUGAAAAAAGAAUAUAGAAAUCUGAAUACAUGGAUAGAAAAAGCUGGCUAUUUAGAAAGCAUUCUUACCCCAAAAUUGGGACAUAAAGAUUUUAAGGAAACUAAUGUGAAUGAGGUACUUGAAAGCUCGAAUAAUAUAUCUGAAGAGGAGCUUAAAAGUAUUGAAACAUUAGAUGCCUUUCUCAUAAAGGAGGAAACUAAAACUACUCCAAAUGAGUUACUGGAUAAGCACAAUAAGAGAGGCCUGAGCAUACCAACUUUGAACCUAUUACACCAGGAUAAUUCAGCUGCUGUUUCUCCUAAAAGUGAUGAAUCAACGCGUCCACCCACAGAUAUUCCAUUGACCACUAUUCCUAGACUGGAAAUCACAGAAGAGGACAAUAUACCACCUUUAUAUCCACGUCCAUCAGAAGUUGUGCCAGAGAGAAAAAUGAAAAAAUUAUCAUUUCUGAAAGAAGAAAAAUUGAAAGAUAGACAUCCAGGCAUUUUAAAAACAGAAUCAUCUUCAUCAGAGGUGGCUUUUUCACCAAAAGAAUACGAUUUACCAAAUACCGGACCAGCAUAUAUAGAAUUGAAGCCAAACUUUCAGUUUCAGAAAUUCAACAAGGACUGUUUUGAUCCUUUUCUAAGGAAGAUAAACAAAAAAAUGUCAGUCAGAAAAAGGAAAGACCAAGAUAUAUACAAAUGUAGAAACAUUUUAAGUGCAGAGGUUAUAGAGCAUGAAGACCAAGAUCCUCCUUAUCCAGCACGUGCAAAAACUGCAGUACCUACUAGUAAAACCUGGACCUGUGAUCCUGAUAGCUUCGCAAUAAAGACUUCAGAUACUAAAAAUAAGUUAGCUCACAAUCCUACUAUCAACACAAUGAAGCCUUUAGAAACUAAGAAUGAGUCAGCCCAUGAACCUACUAUCAACACAAGAAAAGCUUUAGACAUAAAGAGUAAGUUAGCCCGUGAUUCUCCUAUCAUCACAAUAAAGCCUCUAGAUUCUAAGAAUAAAUUAAAAGAAAACCUACCACAUGGAUCUUUACCAUGCUUCAAAAGAGACUCAUCAGUGACUGGAAAUACAAAUACAUUGUGCCUUUCAAAGUCAUUAAAUCUUACCUCCCAUAUAGAAAAUCUAAAACAAUCAAUGAUACUCAAGUCAAUUUUAAGUAAAAAUCUGCAAGACCUUUCAGACAAAUUGUUUUCUAAAGAAGUUGGUAUGAACACUGAAGCAAGAAAGAAAAAUAGUUCUGCACCUCUAAGCAUUCGUGAUAAACCAUCAAGUAGUAUGGAAGACAAAGUAUUGGGAAAAUUUCAAGAUUUAAACGGCUGGUUUUCUGAAAAAGAUAUUUUAAAUUCAAAGGCUCUUUUAAGUCAAAUAAUUAAAAAUAUUCCUGCAGAUUCACUUUCAGAAGGUAGACCAGGAAGAUCUCUAGAAGUAAAAGAACAUGUCUCUGAAAAACACUUAGAGGCUGAUAAGAUAGAUUUUCCAAUGAAAAAAAAGAGUAGUUUCAAAAAGAAACAUUUAAUAAGUGAAGUAUCUAGCCCCAGAUCAGAUUUAAGUGGCAGUGUACAUGACUAUGCUAUAAAACAAAUAUUCACUGCACCAAACUUCUCACGAUUGGAGAUGGGAGUGAAAGAGUCAGGAGAAAUACAGAUGAACUUGCAGGAUCAAUUACUCACACCUUGGGAGAGAAGUUUAUCAUCAUGUAUUCUAGUUCCCUAUGAAAACUUCGAUGAUGAAAUAGAAUUGCCACAGGCGAAAUCUGUUGUAAGCCAGAUAAUCCAAGCAUUUCCUCUAGACACUCUUUUAGGAUCUGGGAUAAUCAAAGUGAUAGAAUUAGAUAAAGAACACCAAGGGAGUUCUAUGCUGAGUACAAAGAUAGCCUUUCCUGAAGAAAAUCUAAAGGAUUCUACAAAGGAUUAUUCAGAAAUCAAAAGCAAAAUAGAACUUAUUUCAGAGCAGAAUAUGCCCGUCAUUUCUAAAGGUAACAUUUCUUCCGUGAGUGGAGUUAAACUUCUAGAGGAAAGCCAAAAUACACUCCCACAGGAUUCAAGAUACCAUUCAACAUCAGAUAAAGAAACAGAUUUGCCAAGUCAUGGUCAGUGGUUUGAUAGAGAAGAAAAUGAUCUAAGUUCUACUUUAGAAAAUUUAGCUAAAUCAUUAAUAGGUAAACUUAGUGAGUCAGAUGAAAUAAUGUUAAAAUCCUUUUUAAAAAAUAUCUUUAAGGCUUUUUUCAAAUAUCAGUCUGAAAGAAGAAAACAACCAGAAAAAGAAUUAGAAAGUCUAAUUCAACAUUCUUUUCCAAAUGAUACGGAACAUCUUAAAGAAAUCCAAGGGAGUUUUGAUAAAACAGACAAAUUAGAAAGAAAACCUAUUUUGAGUCCAAAACUGCGUGUGUUUCUAGAAGAACUCUCAGAGUCAGAAGUAAAAAAUUUAAAAUCUGAGUUAAGUAAACAAAUUCAGCAUUACCUUGUAGAAAGACUUUCAGAAUCAGGACAUAUCACCAGGGAGGACUUACCAAAAAUCUAUCAAAAUUUGUAUUUGAUGAAUGAGAAAGCAGAACUGAAAGGACAAAACGUUUUUCAGGAGAAAUAUUCAGAAACUGUAAAAGAAAUAAUGUCUUUUGUAAAUGAUUCUAAUCAUAAUUUCAUAGAUAAACAUUUAGAAAUAAAGCUAAGAUCUUUUUUAAAUGAAAUUCUCCAAAACUAUUUUCUAAAAAACCUUUCAGAAAGCAGUUUAUUUAGAGAGACAGAAUCUGAGUCUAUACACUCAAACAUAUCUUCUCUAAGGACUAAAUGUUCCUCAGUAUCUUUUCAUGAGUUAGGACAAGAUAUUUCAAAGGGGAGUUUUGGUAGAAGGCUUGAAAUAAGCAUGAAAUAUCCCUUAACUAAACCUCUACAAAACUAUCUGAUAGCUUUAUCAGAAAAUGAAGUAUUAAAUCUAAAAGACAAUUUAAGUAAAUGCCUCCAGAGCCUUUUGAUAGAAAAACUUUCAAAAUCAGGAUUAAUGACAGAAAGGCAAUUAGAGGGGAUCAAACAGUGUGUAAAUAGUCUUCAUUCUAGUUCUACACCAUUAAAAUAUGUAAAGACAGAUUUACCUUUUAGAGAUGAAAAUCACUUUAUAGAGGAGCAUUCAGGAAAGCAAAAUAAAUAUCCAAAAAUUGCUCAAAAAACCACUUUACAAAAGGGUCCUGAGAAUAAACUUAGAGAAACAGAAUUGAUUAGAGAGGAAGAAAAAGAAUGUUUUUCCUCGUACAAUUUAAAAGAAAAUUCAUUAAUAAUUAAGGAACAGAAAAGUUAUUACCCUAAAGAAGAAGUUAAAACAUUAAGUUUCACAGAAGUACAACCUCUUUCCAACAAAAAUACCCAGGCAAUUCCAUUAAACAAAUCAUCAGAAAGACGUACGGAUAUAUUGCUUAAGAAACAAAGGAAAGAACAUGGUUUCACGCGUCUUCCUCAAGCAGAAAAUUCUAUUGGUAAAACAGAGAUUCAAGACUCAUGUAAUUGGGGUAGUAAAUCAAAAGCUAGCUUUGAAAGGACACUGAAAAUGACACCACUUGAAAAAAAGGAUCAUAUUAACAUCUGUAAGUUGACUGGUCAGGAAAAACCUGAAGCAGUAUUAUCAUCGUAUCUAGGAAUUCCUAAUUGCAAAAUGCCAAGGGAAGAUGAACCAUGCUUAAACAGACUCACUUUCCCUUCUUGGAAGACUAACACUUUAACUCAUUUCAAUUCAGAGACUGGGGAGAAAUCAAAACUAGAAGACCAGUAUUGUCAGAGAUGGAAAGGAAAUAACAACAACAAUAAAAAACAUUUAGUAACAUUUGCACAAUACAGAAAAGAAAUACAAACUCAUGAUAUAAAAGCAGAUGAAAUUUACAAUGAAAAACAUGCCAAGUUCCCUGAAUUACAAUUGUUCAAAUAUAAAAUUGUAGAAGAUGAAAAAAACUCAAAACCAUCCCUCCUCCCAGAAGUAUUGAAGAGAGAAUAUCUGAAACCCAAGGUCAGAAAAGAAAGAGACUAUGUUGCCAAACCAAAAAAGUCAUUUAACAAGUUAGUUAGGAUACUACCAACCACACUGCCUGCGACCAAAAUUCAUCUAAGGAAAUCUGUUCCAAAGACAUUGCUUCACUGGACUGCAAGAAAAACUAUACAUGAUUGUUCGGAUAAAUUUGAGGAUUUAAAUGUGACUUCAUUUAAUCAUCUUAAAAAAGUAAAAUCAAGAACAAGGCUUUUAGGAAAGAGCCCAGAUGAUAGCCGUAAUCAUACAAAACGCUCUGCAAGACCAUAUACUGCACCGGAGGUUAAGAAACGACAAGAAAACUGCACUGGAAAAUUUUCAAGUCCUCGAAUGGUUUCAGCAGGCUUACUUCAUAUAAAUGAUACAACUCCAGAUUAUGAAAUGCGUAAAAUGCAGCCAAAAAAAAGAUUAAAACAGGAUAUUGAAACAUGUUGGCUCAUUUGUGAUAUUAUCCAAAUGUUAAACAGGUCACACUGAUACGCGAGGCCAACCAUCAGAGCAUCAUUUCACCAUUAACAAAAUGGUUUGGAGAUCUCUCUUUUUGUGUGAUAGAAGUCAGCAACCAGACUUCAUCUUGUUAGAACCAUUUUGUUUUGAUUAAAAUGAAAAAUAAACA